CUCUGCCAUAUCAAGAACACUUUUUGUUUUUGUUUUUUUCUUUUCUUUUUUAUUUAAAAAGUUCCCUACGCCUUCUCUCCUUUUCCCUUUAUCCUCUUUCCUCUUGUUCCUGUCUCUUCGGACUUUUUUUCUGUGUGCCAGAUUUCAAAAAGUCCGCCUUCUGACUUCAUCGCCACCGAUUGAGCGACGAAGAUUUCUUUGGAUUUUCACAUCUUUCUCUUUUUUGCCUACGGAAAGAAACUGAUUCUGGACUUGUCUGGAAUCCUUACAGCAAGAAACGCUUUUCGAACCCUAAGUUUAAGUUUUGCAAAAUGGCCGACGGCUUGAAAAUGGGAAACCUUUCCCUCAACGAAUCCCAGCAUGCGCCUCAGCCCCCCAACACUGGGCGCGCUGCUUACAUCCCUCCCCAUCUUCGCCAGCGCAACACGGGUAUGAACAUGGAUGGUGCUGCUCCUCCUCCGGGCCCCAGUUCCUUCUCUUCUAGAGGUGGCGGCCGUGGCGGCAACUGGGCUAAUGCCAACGACUUCUCCCCGCGUGGUCCCAAUGGCGGUGGCUACGGCUCCAACUCCAACUCCGGAACCCAGGCCAGAGGAUCCGGCGACGGCCAGUGGCGUGACGGCAAACACAUCCCUGGUCCCCAGAACCCCCGUUUGGAACGCGAACUCUUCGGAAUCCCCAACGACCCGGCCAAGCAGAACACCGGUAUCAACUUCUCCAACUACGAUGAUAUCCCCGUGGAAGCCUCCGGUACCAAUGUCCCCGAGCCCGUUAACGCUUUCACCAACCCUCCCUUGGAUGACCACCUCAUUACCAACAUCACGCUCGCCGGUUACGUGGUCCCUACCCCAGUCCAAAAGUACUCCGUCCCGAUUGUUAUGAACGGCCGUGAUCUGAUGGCAUGUGCCCAGACCGGUUCCGGAAAGACUGGUGGUUUCCUCUUCCCCAUCCUCUCUCAAGCUUACCAGAAUGGUCCCUCAACCGCGCCCGCACAGGCGCCUGGCCAGUUUAGUUACGGCCGCCAGCGCAAGGCUUACCCCACCUCGCUCAUCUUGGCUCCCACCCGUGAACUUGUGUCGCAGAUCUUCGAAGAAGCGCGCAAGUUCGCCUACCGCUCGUGGGUCCGUCCCUGCGUCGUCUACGGUGGUGCCGACAUUGGCUCUCAGCUCCGCCAGAUCGAGCGUGGCUGUGACCUUCUCGUUGCUACCCCCGGUCGUCUGGUCGACCUCAUCGAGCGUGGCCGUAUCUCGCUGAUGAACAUCAAGUACCUGAUUCUGGACGAGGCUGACCGCAUGUUGGACAUGGGUUUCGAACCCCAGAUCCGUCGUAUUGUCGAGGGUGAGGACAUGCCGCGCGUCGAUGAGCGCCAGACCCUGAUGUUUUCGGCCACCUUCCCCCGCGACAUCCAGAUGCUGGCCCGCGACUUCCUCAAGGAUUACAUUUUCCUGUCUGUCGGUCGUGUGGGUUCUACCUCCGAGAACAUCACCCAGCGUGUCGAGUACGUUGAGGACCACGACAAGCGUUCCGUGCUGCUCGACAUCCUGCACACUCACGGCACCACCGGUCUCACCCUGAUCUUCGUCGAGACUAAGCGUAUGGCCGACACUCUGUCCGACUUCCUCCUUAACCAGCGUUUCCCGGCUACUGCCAUUCACGGUGACCGUACCCAGCGUGAGCGUGAACGCGCUCUGGACAUGUUCCGCUCUGGUCGCUGCCCUAUCUUGGUUGCCACUGCCGUUGCGGCUCGUGGUCUCGAUAUCCCCAACGUCACCCACGUCGUUAACUACGAUCUUCCCACCGACAUCGAUGACUACGUUCACCGUAUCGGUCGUACCGGUCGUGCGGGUAACACCGGUAUCGCUACUGCCUUCUUCAACCGCGGCAACCGUGGUGUCGUCCGUGACCUGAUUGACCUCCUCAAAGAGGCUAACCAGGAGUUGCCCUCGUUCCUCGAGAGCAUUGCUCGUGAGGGCAGUGGUUUCGGCGGUCGUGGCGGCGGACGUGGUGGUCGUGGUCGUGGUGCCAACGCUACCCGUGACAUGCGUCGCACUAUGGGCGGCGGCUUCAAUGCUGCCCCUAGCUACGGCGGCAGCGGUAGCGGCUUCGGAUCUGGCAGCUACGGCGGCAGCGGCGGUGGCUUUGGCGGUGGUGGCUACGGUGGUGCUGGUGGUGCUCCGUCUUAUGGCGGCUACGGUGGUGGCUACGGCAACCCGUCUGGCUCCACCGGUCCCUCUUCCUGGUGGUAAAGGGAAAUCAGCGGUUGUGGUCUCUGACGAGGCGGUCAGGUCUGAUUGGCUAUCAUAUCUCUAUUUUUAUUUUGUUGCCUUUCAUUGACGGUUACGAUCAGAACGAGUCCUGAGUUUCUGGUUUUUAUGAUUUUCAUUUUCUUCUUCACUUUCAUCUCAGGAACGGCUUUGUCAUGACUGCCACGACUAUUUUUCUUUAUUGUCAUUUUUCUUUUCUUUUCUUUUUUUUUAAGAAUCUGCGCCGGUGUUUAUUAUCGCUCAGCAUCUCGCAAGCCCGUCGUCUG